UGACGCAUGUGUGGUGGAAAGCAAAAGGGAGUCCGAAACAUGGCGCCGAAGUGAAGGACGCCGUCUCGGUCCCAUUUAAAACCUGGAUAUCUCGAACGUAUCGUUUGUUGCACCCGCUGUGUGUUUCACCGAAGCCGCAGCUCGAUCUAAACCAUGAGCAACAUAUCGCCCUUCGGGGGUGGCAAAAAUCCCCCCUGGGUACGCAAUGCAGGUCAAGGAAUUCAGAAUAUCCAGCAGCAAAUGCUUGGUCAAGCUAUGAGUGGUAUGGGUGGACAACCAAUGGUUCAAUAUCAACAGCCAAACCAACAAGUUUACCAACAGAGUUUAGGAUUGCAACAACCAAAUAUAACAAUGGCAUCCAUGGCAACGUUGGGCUCUAAUUUACCAUCUGGUAUAGCUGGACAGCUUUAUCCUCAAGUUGCUACAGUAUCGUAUCCAACUCCACGAGCGUUAAAUACGAAUACCUUCACACAAUCCGUAGCUGGAGUUGCUCAGCAAGUUCAGCAAAAUGUGCCUCCUUCGUCAACUAAACAGAGAGUAUUUACGGGUACAGUUACCAAAGUUCAUGAUAAUUUUGGAUUUGUAGAUGAAGAUGUGUUUUUUCAAACUAGUGCUUGUGUCAAGGGAUCGAAUCCGGCUGUAGGUGAUCGUGUACUGGUAGAAGCAUCGUAUAAUCCUUCAAUGCCUUUUAAAUGGAAUGCAACAAGAAUACAAGUACUUCCUAUGGGAAACAGUAAUACAAAUGCAAAUACACAGCAGACUAAUCAAAGCAAUCGACAAAAUCAACCAACUCGGACAUCUGGAAGUUAUAAUGCUGUUCCACCUCCUAAUGACAAUGCAAAUAAUAGGUUUAAUACAAGUAAUACAAAUACAUCGUCUGUUGCAAAUCGCAAUAAAGUUGGAAGAGUUAGAGAAAGGUCUCCUCGAGAUCGAAGAAACGAUGACGAAGAAAUUGAAAGAAAAAGACGUCGAGAAGAGAGAAUCAGAGAAAGAGAAAAGAAAGAAGAGCGCAGCCCAUCCAGAACAAGAAGAAGUAAAUCACCAAGACCUCGUAGAAGAACAAGGGUGGUUCCACGAUAUAUGGUACAAAUACCAAAGAUAGCUCUUGAUUUACCAGAAGCAGAUGUUCUGGAAAUCAAAAGACGUUACCAAAAUAUGUACAUUCCCAGUGACUUUUUUUCUACAAACUUCAGAUGGGUGGAUGCUUUUCCACCCCACAUGCCAUUUACUCUGAAUAAACCUUGUUCCUUUCAUGUUAUGCAUAAAGACGUUGACUCUUAUGUUGAGAAUACAGCCAUAUUAGAACCACCCGAUGCGGAUUAUUUAUUUUCAGCGAAGGUUAUGCUAAUAUCAAUGCCUGCUAUGGAUGAAAUUUACAAGCGUUGCUGUGGUGUCACCGAGGAUCGGGAUAACGAUCGGGAUUAUAUUCACCCGACGCGGCUAAUUAAUUUUUUAGUCGGCUUACGCGGCAAAAAUGAAACAAUGGCAAUUGGAGGUCCCUGGAGUCCUUCACUCGAUGGUCCAAAUCCGGAAAAAGAUCCAUCGGUUCUUAUUAAAACUGCUAUUAGGACAUGUAAAGCAUUAACAGGAAUUGAUCUCUCCAACUGCAUUCAAUGGUACCGCUUCCUGGAGCUCUACUACAGGCGCGCAGAGACGACCCACAAGUCCGGCCGUGUGGUACCCUCUCGCGUUGAAACCGUCAUACUAUUUCUCCCAGAUGUUUGGCGCUGCGUACCGACCAAACUGGAAUGGGACGGUCUCCACAUCAGCUACAAAAAGCAACUGGAGCGUAAGCUGCUACGUGCAGCCGCCGUCGAGGUUGAUCCGGACGUUGCUGCCAAUGAGAACGUCGAUGAGGGUGCAGCCGCUGUCGGCGCCGAUGAUGCAAUACCAGAGAAAAAGGACCCGACACAUUAUUCUGAGCUGGAUCCAAAAUAUAUGAACGUUAAUAAUUUACGCCAAGAGCUAGUCGCGCGCAAUCUGAAUGCUAAAGGCUUGAGGUCGCAGCUUCAAGCAAGGAUUACCAAGGCAAUAAAAUUAGAGCAGGCCAAAGAGGAAGGUAGACAAGAUGAAAUUGAUGAGAAUGAUAAAGAAAGUAUGCCAUCACCCAAAGAUGAGCAGAAAGAUGAUAAGCGUCCUAAAGAUAAAGAGCACGAUGAGGAUAAAAAGAAAGUAUACGAGAGAGAGAAAUCUCUUUUGGAAAAAAGGUAUAAUUUACCAGAAGCCUCGCACAUUACAGUUCAUCCUUCUAGAACUGCUAAAAGUGGUAAAUUCGAUUGUACAGUGAUGUCUCUCAGCGUCUUGUUAGAUUAUAGGCCAGAGGAUACGAAGGAACAUUCGUUUGAGGUGUCGCUGUUUGCCGAGCUUUUCAACGAAAUGCUAAUGCGCGAUUUUGGUUUUCGAAUAUAUCGUGCUUUAUGCAGUUUACCUGAAAAACCAAAGGAUAAAGAGGAAGAUAAGAAAAAAGAUAAAAAAGAUGAUAAGAAAAAAGAUGAUGAUCGAAAAAUGAAAAACGAUAAGAGAGACGAAAAGAAAAAUGACGGUGGAAAAGACAAGAAAGACGAUAAGGAUAUCAAGAGUAAAAAUGACGAUAAAGAUAAGAAUGAAGAUUAUGAUGAUGAGGAUGACGAUGAUAGCGAUGAUGAUGAUUCAUCGAAAGAAGGAAAAAGAGAUAAAGAUAAAGAUGGAAAGAAGAAGAAAAUUAAGUUAUAUACAUUUGAUCCAUAUCUCCUGUUAUCUUUCGUAUAUUUUGAUCAAACCCAUUGUGGUUAUAUUUUUGAUAAAGAUAUUGAAGAGUUAAUUUACACAUUAGGAUUGAAUUUGUCACGAGCACAAGUUCGCAAACUUGUGCAGAAAGUCGUCACAAGGGACUCUUUGCACUAUCGCAAGUUAACUGACAAAACUAAAGAAGAUGAAAUUAAAGAUUCCAAGAAAGAAGAUAGCGAGAAAGCGGAUGGACUUCCUGUUAAAACAGAAGGCGAAGAUGAUAUUAUAAGAUCUCUUGCCCUAGGGAAUAAAAAGCUACUACCAGUAUUUGUUGGAAGCGGGCCUGCUUCUAAGAGAGCUCGGCGAGAAAAUUCAUUGACAGAACCAGAGGUCGAAGCAGUACCGCAAGGUUUUAUAAUGUUUAAAGGUUCUUUGUUAGACAUAGAUAAAUUAGUUAGUCAAUUAAAACGAUCGGAGAAUGCUCGUAUGGAUACUGAAAUAAAAAUGAUUGAAAUACAGCAUGAAUUAACCACAGUUAGUGAAAAGUCGACUAAGCAAAGCAAUAAUAUUAAAGAUCUUUCGGAUGAUUUAAAAUUGUACAAAGAUAGACUGAGAAACGCUGAUGACAAAUUAAAGAAAAUAACGACUGAAUCACAUUCGUAUUUCACUUCUCUUAAAAGCAUAUAUCAUAUAGCAUCUAAAAAUAUACAAAAUGACACGAAACGAGUAGAAAUAGUUGAAAUUCAAGAUGAAAAGAGUGGCAUAGAAUUAAAUGGUACACAAGUGGAGUGCAAGUCUAAAAGUGAUACUAGAUGGAGUGAUAAUAAAGUCAUAGUAAAGAAAGAAAUCACAGAGUGCGAAAAAGACAAAAAGUGUGACAAUAAAGUUCUUAUAAAAAAAGAACCGACGGAAGAAGAUAAAGAUAAAAAAUAAAAUCAACGCCCCUAUAAA